CACCUCAUCAUAUAUCAUAGGUGGUUUUAUCAACUGUUAACUGCCCUGCAUUCCUCUCUGUUAUCUUUUAUGCUGUCUUCUUAAAUCUUAAGCGUCACAUCUCCGCAUCUCCUCCCUGUGUCCAACACUUAAAAGGUGGUGGUGGUGGCCGGAAUCUUGGAUAAUUAGCUAUGGGAACCGUUACGCGCCGCCGGGUGUUGGCGUUUUCGGUGGUAGCUGCGGUGUUGCUGCUGAGCGUUAUGGAGAUGGGGAAUGUGGAAGGGAGGCAUCACAUUUCCAAGAAGCAGAAGAGCAAGAAGCCUCGGCCUAGGCCUAGGCCGGAAGAUGAGCCUGCUCCGCCACCUCCGGUUUACUCUCCGCCGCCCGGUGGCGUAGUCCCCUCCGACCCUGUUUCGCCGCCGCCGUCAGAUGAUUCGGGUCCCUGCAUUUUUGACGUCACGGAUUACGGCGCCGUCGGCGACGGCAACAGCGACGACACGGCGGCGUUCGUGGCGGCCUGGAAGGCCGCCUGCCAGGUUGAGUCGGCCGUCGUUUGGGCGCCGCCGGAGCAUACCUUCAUGAUCACUUCAACCAUUUUCUCCGGUCCCUGCAAGCCGGGGCUCGUCUUCCAAGUGGACGGAGUUCUAAUGCCGCCGGACGGACCGGAGUGCUGGCCCAAAGAGGACAGCGCGAAACAGUGGCUAGUGUUUUAUAGGCUCGAUGAUAUGACUCUGAACGGUACCGGAACCAUUGAAGGAAACGGACAGAAAUGGUGGGAUCUCCCCUGCAAACCUCACAAGGGGCCUAAUGGAUCAACACUGCCAGGGCCAUGUGACAGCCCUGUGCUAAUUCGAUUUUUCAUGAGCUCCAAUCUGGUGGUGAAGGGUCUAUGCAUCCAAAACAGUCCCCAGUUCCACAUCAAAUUCGAUGGCUGCGAGGGCGUAGAAAUCCAUGAAUUGUCCAUCAACUCCCCCAAGCUUAGCCCCAACACCGAUGGCAUUCACGUUCAGGACACCAAACAUGUCAAAAUCUACAACUCUGUCAUAGCCAAUGGUGAUGAUUGCAUUUCAAUAGGCCCGGGAUGUGCCAACGUUGAGAUUGAUGCGGUCACAUGUGGACCUAGUCAUGGAAUCAGCAUUGGAAGCCUAGGAGUCCACAACUCCCAAGCCUGCGUGUCCAACAUAACGGUAACCAACGCCGUGAUAAAAGACUCCGACAACGGGCUGAGGAUCAAGACGUGGCAAGGCGGCACGGGCUCCGUCACCGGAAUAAGCUUCGACACCAUCCAGAUGGAAAACGUGCGCAACUGCGUCAUCAUCGACCAGUACUACUGCCUCAGCAAGGACUGCCGGAACGAGACCUCCGCCGUCUACGUCGCCGACGUGUCCUUCCGCAACAUCAAGGGCACGUACGACGUCCGGAGCCCGCCGAUACACUUCGCCUGCAGCGACACCGUCGCCUGCACCGGGAUACUCAUGUCGGAAGUCGAGCUGCUCCCGUUCGAAGGCGAAUUAGUCGACGACCCUUUCUGCUGGAACGCUUAUGGGAUUCAGGCGACGCUCACUAUACCGCCGAUCGACUGCUUGCUCGACGGAAUGCCCAAGUCUAUAUCCGAAGCAGAAUAUACCUGCUGACAUAGUUCAUACAUAAUAAAUAAAUAAUAUAUAUAUACACAUAUAUAGACACUAGCUACUAGCUACUAGCUAGGGUCAAGUUUCUGUCCGGCCACUCAUUAUUAACUAGGUAUAAAUACACCACAAAGUGUUUAGAAAUGUACAUUAGAUCUGGUGCAUUUUUUAAUACUGUGUGGUGCAUUUAUGCAUACCUGAUGGUGAAUCUGCACCGACAACAUGGGAAACACUGUCCGCAUUUGAACUGGUAUCAUAGGCAUAAGACAAUAUAUGUUUAUGGAUGAUAUGUAGAUGGAUUUUAAUUUGUAGGUGUUGGGUGUUGGGUGUAGGCUCCAUCCCAGUGGGAUUCAUUUCAAUUCCCUUCUUGUGUGAUGUGAUCCAUAUGAACCAUAUAUAUAGAUAUGCUAUUUUCUGGAUA